UUUGCUACAGGUGUUCAUCUUUCCUGGAGCGUCUGCCAUGUAGAUUCUGUUUGCAUACAGUUGGUCUUUGUUAAAACUAUCUGUAACAUUUGAAAAAUAAGGAUUUUUCAAAUAGCCAUGGGUCAUUGGUGGAAAUGCGCCAUGAUGUCCGGCAUAAACAACCUUUCCAUUCCGUCAACAGAUGUGGACUUGAAUGUCACGGAUCUACAGAGGGCACUGGAGGCUCACCGCCCCGUUAAAAUUGGGAUUAUAUCGGUUUUGGGAGUGAUGAUAACUUUGGGAAACAUUGCUGUGGUGAUGGUCAUAGCUUCAGCGGUAUCGGGAUGGUCGAGAAACUCUCUGUACUUUAUUUUAUCGUUAACGGGAGCUGACUCGGCAUUUGAGCUGCUUAUCAUGCCGCUCAAUCUGUGUGUGAGUUUCAUGAAAGAAUAUAACGGGGGCCCGGACCCCUUCUGUCACGUCGUAGCAUUUUUCAACGCAACUAUUUAUUCCACCCGCAUGUACACCCUUGCAACCAUAAGCCUGGAACGAUACAUAGCAGUGUUUUACCCUCUGAAGUACUCCACCGUGCUGACCAGGAGAAGAGCGCUGCUUCUGAUCGCGUUCGCGUGGGGUUUCCCUCCCGUUCUCCUCAUUCCCAUCUCGUUCCCGGCGGGCAUCAUUGAAGUGCAGUUCUCCAGAGCCUCGCUCGUGUGCAACCCGCUGUACUCCAGCAAUGUCUCUUACUCUCUGUCUCUGACGUGCUUCAUCUUCUUCCCGUGCACGGCCAUCAUGACCUUCUGUAACCUCCGACUGUGGAUAGCCGCGAAGAGACAGAGGUUGAAGUUGAGUAGACACAGCUGGGGUGGAGGAUACAGGCCUAAAGUCACCUUGCGUGUUCUAGUACCAGUCAUGACCGUUUACUACACCUGCUGGACGCCCUGCAUGGUCAUCAUGCUGUACAAUGCGAUUUCCGGCAUUGGUGUCCCCGAAUGGAUCGAGUUUAUUGCUGUGUGGUUACCAACCUCCAAUGGCUUCCUCAAUUGUAUCUUCUACUUCUGGAUCAACCAUAGCUUUAGAAGGAAAUUCCAUUUGGUUCUUCAGAAACUAUGUCUAGGACUUUGUCCAGGUUCUGACACUGAUUCAAGCUGCGUCAACUCUGUAGAAUCCUCCGUGGUUCCCGGAUGGAACGGUAACAGCUCGCUCCAUGAGCGGUUUCCUAGCGUGUCGUCCACCUGCACUCUGCUGACGCUCAUGCCACCGCAGACCAGCGUGCGUCAACCAGAGCCGGCUUGAGAUUCCUUUUAGUCUUGUGAUCUGAAGUUUUAAAGCUCUGGUGAAGUUGAGUCAUCAUGAGUGCUACUGACAUGUCAUUAACCUGCUCGGACGGAGGUUAUUCCACUAAAUGUCUUGUUAAUCGCAAGUUAGCAUUCAGAAACACUCCUAUUUCCCUUGUUUAAUAGCUAUUUGUGCCUUUUUACUUCUUGAUGGCACCUUCUCAUAUUCACUCAGAACUGUUUUUUUUGGCCUAAUUGAAGUUUUAAAUGGUUUUGCAUUGUUGAUUGCCGUUUCAAGUUAAACACACGAGAGCCUUUGAAACAUUUGCACACAUUUCCUUAUCUAUUCAUAAACCCAAUAUCAAGCAGCUG